UCCCUAGCAGCCACAUGAGUAUGGAUGCUACAGAACUUAGUGCGGCCUUAGAGUCGGAAAUCUAUCGAAGCCUCCAAGCCAUUCUACGAGAGCUGGACAGUCAACAGCCAGUGUCUGUGGUCAACAAAGGGAUGCUGAGAUGGACGUUACAUAAGAAGCUGCAGAAGAACCCUUUGAGUAGUUUAGCGUUGGUGAAAGUGGCCAUAAAGGAACUAGAAAGGGCUGAGAGAGUGGACUGCAAGACACACAUCAUACCCUUGCUACAUACGCUUGUUUACGCUGUUAUACAGGCGCCAUAUAUCCCUGACGAGCUGUAUAAGAGGGUGUAUGACUUCUGUAAGAGGCUCCUGACACUGCCUCACCCGUACUGCACUGUGGGUCUCAACUACGCCCGCUGUAUGAAGACAGAGCGCUACACCCCAGGUCUUUGGUAUCAGCGGAGAAUCCUGGCAGAACAAAACCUUAAACAUGACUGUUAUCCCCUUCAGGAAAAGGUGUUUGUGUUUGCUGACCCUGUCAUGUUCUCCGGUUCCCUGGGAACGGUUCUGAGGGGGGACAUAGAGUCCCCUGGAGUUUUGCAAAGCCGGCUGAAUUAUAUGCGCUGCGUCGUGCAGCACGCCCUCCAGUCUGUGCUGGGGGAGCAGCAGUGUCACGGCCCCUCCCUGGCCCGAGCCCUACAGCAGUUGGAUCAGGAUGUAGAGUCGUACUUCCAGGAAGUGGUAGCGGCCCUGGAGCAGAGUGCACAGGAAGGGAGGGGAGAUCAGACUCAACUGGCCCACAGACUUCAGCAGCUCUACACUGAGAUCCUCACUACAGCCAAGCAAGAUCCAUUGUCCCAUGGUUCGCUGUGCGAUGUUCCGCUUCCCAAUCCGGAGAUGAGUUUCCACCUGUGGUGGGAAGAGGAGGAACUCUGGAGGGAAUUGGCCAAGUUUGUCCGUUCCAGCUCCUUCUCAGAACAGUUCACCCCUGGACUAGAUGACUUUGACAUGUCUGACUUUCUGGGCGACCUGGACGCCGAAAUGCCGCGACAUUCGGUCAUGUCCAACGACAGCGGAAUCGAGCGGGACAUGGCCGGGGCAGAGAUGACGGACUCAGACACGCCGGGCUUUGGAAGCCUAAAAUCCGAACCCAAGCUGGCCCGCUUGACCCGCCGACGCUGCAUUAAGGUCAAACCCUCCGUGACGGAGAGCAUGGCAAUGCUACAGGAUGCGCUCGAGGAGACUGGUUCGGCGGGUACGACCAGCACCUUGCAGAGGAAAGCGGGCACGGGUCCCAUCGCGUUUCCCAAGCAGCAGCGCCAGUUCACGACCAAUAUCGUGGUAAUGGGAGAUGACAGAGUCCUGGGACGGCUGGCUAGGGCUUACUACUGGUUCAGGAAAAGAGAAGCUCGACGCCCGUCCCUUACUAUGAAAGUCAACCUGCAGAUAUACUACAUUCCUGUCUUCUCCCAGCCCUCCUCGUCCUAUCCUGAUAAUGUCACAGUGACCAGUGGGAAUCUGUGUACUCUGGGAUCUUACCUUGGGAUGGUGGAUCCAUGGUAUGACUGUAACAUCAACAGCCUUGGACACAUCAUCCCCAAACUGGCCAAAGUGUCAACCACAGGCAGACAGUAUGAACCCAACCCUUUCCUGGCUGAUGUCAUUUCUUACUAUGUGCGAACUGCAUUGCAGCCAGUGUACUUCACCAUUUAUCAAGUCAAGCUCUCAUUCUGCACGCCCAGUAAAGACCCUGUGGAGGAGGUGUUUCUCUCGCACCUUGAAGUAGAUUUCCCUGACUUUAAACUGGUUCACGCAGCCCUUAAAGACACAUCUACCAAGCAGAAGAAAGUUUCCGCAGACAUGUGUGGUGCUGCCGUUUCUAUCAGUUAUAGAAAGGUGUCGCUAAGCAACAGGGAUGUAGACAAAGGGGUUAUGCUAAGGACCACUGGAGUGCAGAUUUCUGCAAUUCCCUCUGACAAAACAGAAGAUCUGAACUGUCUGACAGUGUCUUUCAAUGACACGAAAGUUAAAAGCAGCACGGAGUCAAAAAUCAGAACAUGUCAUAUUAAAUUGAAGACCCCAGAAAAAACUGCCUUCACUGUACGCUUGGACAAAGACUUUCGUAGGACCUUUACAGAUGUUAUAAGCAUUGAAGUUUCCCCAUGUCUCGACCCUGGAUAUUACAUGCAGAGAUCCAUGAGGUCAAAGUUCAUCUCAGAAGAGAGCAAUGAGGCGGGACUUAGCAAGUACAUGAGUAAAGGUCUGCCUCUGCCAAUCCACACCUUUGCUGGAAUAAUCCACUAAACAGACAAACUCUUGGUGAAUGCACCUUCAAAAAGUGCUCCAAACCGUAACCAAUGCCCCUGUCACGCCCCGAAGGAUCUCAGCCAGAAAAACUACAGCACUUUUUGUUACUUAACACUUUAAAUAAACUUUUAAGGUCCUUGUAACAUUUACAAAGGACUCACUUUUACCUGGAGACUCGCGGAGUAGUCUGACCGGUGUCUU